AUGGGGAGCUCAUUCAAUCCUGCUACAGACAUUGGGAGCCUGGAGGGCAAAAUCAUACUGGUGACUGGCGGCAACACGGGCCUGGGCAAGCAAACGAUUGCAUAUCUCGCGGCCCACAACCCCACGCGCAUCUACCUCGCGGCGCGCACCGAGUCCAAAGCCCGCGAUGCCAUCACCGCGAUCAAGUCGUCGGUGCCCAAUGCGUGCGAAAUCGUCUUCCUCCCCCUCGACCUCACCUCCUUCUCGUCGAUUGCCGACGCAGCCUCGACAUUCAAAAGCCGCGAAACGCGCCUCGACAUCCUGGUCAACAAUGCGGGUAUCAUGGCGGUGCCGUACAGCACGACCAAGGAGGGCUACGAGAUCCAGUUUGGAACCAACCACAUGGGCCACGCGCUGCUGACCAAACUCCUGCUCCCCGUCAUGCUGGAUACGGCAAAGCAGCCCGGCGCCGACGUGCGCAUUCUCACGCUGAGCAGCGUCGCGUGCAGAUUCGCGACAAAGGGCAUCAGUCUCGACCAGGUUGCGCUAGCAGACGUCUCGACAUCGUAUCGCUACGGCAACUCGAAACUCGCAAACCUGCUCUAUGCCCGCGCCCUGGCAGAGCAGCAUCCGGAAAUCACAUCCGUGUCGCUGCACCCCGGUGUCAUCCUGACGGAUCUCUUUAAUAGCCUGCGCACGAAUAUCUUCAUGAAGGCGGCGCUGUGGAUAUACGGAUGGGUUGGGCUAGUGCUGCCCGGCCAUUUUAGGGGCCCCGAGGGUGGCGCCCUCAACUCGACGUGGUGUGCGACGGUGGCCAAGGAGCAGCUGGAGAAUGGCGCGUAUUACCUGCCGGUUGGGAAGAAGAACACAGGCGGUGGACAUGCGGCAGACGAGGGG